AUGAGGCCGACGAGGAGGGCUGAGAUCCUGGGAACGCCGCCUCCACAAAGGCCCUGGUACACAGCUGCUGACCCCGGCUCUGGGCUCCUUUUGAGGGGCCUGUCAGACAGACGGCCCCCAGAGACCCUCCAGGGGCCCCUGACCUGCUCCGAGAGGAGGGGGGUCAGGUUCCAGUGUAAACACCAGUCUGGGUUUAACCAGAGGACAGGACCUGCUUCUUGGGGGGAGUAUAUGAACCGCGACCACUGGUUCGGGCCGUUCGGGGAGCACACGGUGAACCCCAGCUGGGUCGCGGUGCAGGAGCUGAAGAAGCUGGGUCUGGGCAGUGAUGUGGACCUGCAGGUGUACGAGGUACCAGUGGAGUACCACACCGUGAGGACGCUGGUACCAGCUCUGUGGAAACAGUACCAUCCUCUGCUGGUCAUCCAUGUGGGCGUGUCGGAGACGGCGACCACGGUGACGCUGGAGAAGUGCGGCCGUAACCAUGGUUACCGGGUCCGGGACAACAGCGGCCUGUGUCCUGAGGCUCACUGCUGCGUGGCCGGAGGACCAGACUACAUCGACUCAGGACUGGACCUGGACUCAGUCUGUAAACGAGUCAGCAGCACCGGGAUCGGAGUCACCGUGUCUCUGUCCAAGGACGCAGGACGGUACCUGUGUGACUUUACGUACUACACGUCUCUGUACGUGAGCCGCGGGCGCUCGGCCUUCGUCCACGUGCCGCCGUUGGGGAAACCGUACGACGGCGAAGAGCUGGGGUUAGCUCUGCAGACCAUAGUCCUCAGUCUCCUGGAGCUGCUGGAGGACCAGGACCAGAUGGACCGAGACCAGAACCUCCUCUGA